CCUCCCGGGAACUGCGUCCCGUCCUGUCCAGUCCCGUCCCCGGCGCGGCCCGUCCCACGCGCUUGCUCCGGCAGCCUUCCGCAGCCUCGGCCCGCGCCAUGGCCAGACCGCGUCCGUCCCGCUGGGCCCGUCUGCAGCCGCUGCUGCUCCUGGUGGUGGCCGUGCGCGCUCUGCCCGGCGCCGACGGGACGUGCCCCGAGCGCGCGCUGGAGCGGCGGGAGGAGGAGGCGAACGUGGUGCUCACUGGCACCGUGGAGGAGAUCCUCAACGUGGACCCGGUUCAGCACACGUACUCGUGCAAGGUUCGGGUCUGGCGGUACUUGAAGGGCAGAGACGUGGUGACCCAAGAGAGCCUGCUGGAUGGUGGCAACAAGGUGGUGAUUGGCGGCUUUGGAGACCCCCUCAUCUGUGACAACCAGGUGUCCACUGGGGACACCAGGAUCUUCUUUGUGAACCCUGCACCCCCAUACCUGUGGCCAGCCCACAAGAAUGAGCUGAUGCUCAACUCCAGCCUCAUGCGCAUCACCCUGAGGAAUCUGGAGGAGGUGGAGCAUUGCGUAGAAGACAAACCUGGGACCCACUUCACUCCAGCCCCUCCGAUGCCUCUGGACGCGUGCCGAGGGAUGCUAUGUGGUUUCGGAGCCGUGUGUGAGCCUAGUGCAGAGGGUCCGGGCCGAGCCUCCUGCGUGUGCAAGAAGAGCACCUGCCCCAGUGUGGUGGCCCCAGUGUGCGGCUCAGAUGCCUCCACCUACAGCAAUGAAUGCGAGCUGCAGCGGGCUCAGUGCAGCCAGCAGCGGCGGAUCCGCCUGCUUAGCCGCGGGCCCUGCGGGUCCCGCGACCCCUGUUCCAAUGUGACCUGCAGCUUCGGCAGCACCUGUGCACGCUCAGCCGAUGGACAGACAGCCACGUGCCUGUGCCCUGCAACCUGCCCCGGGGCCCCGGAGGGCCCUGUGUGUGGCAGUGAUGGCGCUGACUACCCCGGCGAGUGCCAGCUCCUGCGCCACGCCUGCGCGCGCCAGGAGAAUAUCUUUAAGAAGUUCAACGGCCCCUGUGACCCAUGCCAGGGUGCCAGCAGUGACAUGAGCCGCAUCUGCCGCGUGAAUCCACGCUCGCGGCGCCCUGAGAUACUUCUGAGGCCAGAGGGCUGCUCUCCCCAGCUUGCGCCUGUGUGUGGGGAUGAUGGGGUCACUUAUGACAAUGACUGUGUCAUGGGCCGCUCUGGGGCUGCCCGAGGCCUCCUGCUCCAGAAAGUACACUCAGGCCAGUGCCAGCCUCAAGACCAGUGCCCAGACCCAUGCAGGUUCAACGCUGUGUGCCUGUCCCGCCAAGGCCGCCCCCACUGCUCCUGCGACCGUGUCAUCUGUGACGGAGCCUACAGGCCUGUGUGCGCCCAUGACGGGCACACGUAUGACAACGACUGCCUGCGCCAGCAGGCCGAGUGUCAGCAGCAGCGUGCCAUUCCCACCAAGCACCAGGGCCUGUGUGACCAGCGCCCAUCUCCAUGCCUUGGAGUGCACUGCCCGUUUGGGGCAGCAUGUGCUGUGAAGAAUGGAGAAGCCGAGUGUGUGUGCCAGCGAGCAUGUUCAGGCCCCUACGAUCCCGUGUGCGGCAGCGAUGGCCUCACGUACAGCAGCAUGUGCGAGCUGGAAGCCACAGCCUGUGCCCUGGGGCGGGAGAUCCAGGUGGCCCGCAGAGGACCCUGUGACCGCUGUGGGCAGUGCCGCUUUGGAGCCCUGUGUGAGGCCGAGACAGGGCGCUGUGUGUGCCCCUCUGAGUGUGUGGCCUCGGCCCAGCCAGUGUGUGGCUCUGAUGGGCGCACGUAUGCUAGCGAGUGUGAGUUGCACGUCCAUGCCUGCACACGGCAGAUCAGCCUGCACGUGACCUCGGCCGGACACUGCCAGACCUGUGGAGACACAGUGUGCGCCUUUGGGGCCGUGUGCUUAGCGGGGCAGUGUGUGUGUCCCCGGUGUGAGCGCCCACCACCCGGGCCUGUGUGUGGCAGCGACGGUGUCACCUACGGCAGCGCCUGUGAGCUCCGUGAGGCUGCAUGCCGGCGACAGGCACAAAUCGAAGAGGCCCGGGCAGGGCCCUGUGAGCAGGCUGAGUGUGGCUCGGGAGGCUCCGGCUCCGGGGAGGACAGCGAGUGUGAGCAGGAGCUGUGCCAGCAUCGUGGUGGCGUCUGGGACGAGGACUCGGAGGAUGGGCCGUGUGUCUGUGGCUUCGGCUGCCAGGGUGUCCUAAGGAGCCCGGUCUGUGGCUCAGAUGGGGUCACCUAUGGCUCUGAGUGUGAGCUGAAGAAGGCCAGGUGUGAGUCGCAGCCAGAACUGUACACCGCGGCUCAGGGAGCCUGCCGAGGCCCCCCAUUGGCCCCACUGCUGCCUGCAGUUCCCCCACACUGCACCCAGACCCCCUAUGGCUGUUGCCAGGACAACAUCACUGCUGCCCAGGGCGUGGGCCUGGCUGGCUGCCCCAGCUUGUGCCAGUGCAAUCCGCACGGCUCCUACAGAGGCACCUGCGACCCAGCCUCAGGCCAAUGCUCCUGUCGCCCUGGCAUCGGAGGCCUCAAGUGUGACCGCUGUGAGCCCGGCUUCUGGAACUUCCGUGGCAUCGUCACUGACGGCCGGAGUGGCUGCACCCCCUGCAGCUGCGACCCCCAGGGGGCCGUGCGGGAUGACUGUGAGCAGAUGACAGGGCUGUGCUCCUGCAAGCCUGGCGUGGCUGGGCCCAAGUGUGGGCAGUGCCCAGACGGCCGGGACCUGGGCCCUGCUGGCUGUGAAACAGACUCCUUGGUUCCCAAGACCUGUGCUGAGGUGCAGUGUGAAUUUGGGGCGUCCUGCAUGGAGGAGGCCGGCUCUGCCCGCUGUGUGUGCCCAGCGCCCACCUGCCCGGGGACCAGCACCACCAAGGUCUGUGGCUCGGAUGGAAUCACCUAUGGCAGUGAGUGCCAGCUGAGAACCAUCGCCUGCCGCCGAGGCCUGAGCAUCUCUGUCCGGAGCCUCGGCCCAUGCCAGGAAGCUGUCAUUCCCGGUACCCACGCAACAUCCCCUCCUGUGGCCACCUUGGGUCUCAGUCUGAGCUUGGCUCUGCAGCCCCACCCCAGCACCCUCCCCCUGGCUCCUAGUAGGGCCUCCCACAGCCGGCCUACCCCUCGACCCUCAUCAGGACCUCAGACCACUGCCAGCAUCCCCAGAACCACCAUGAGGGCCGUUCUGACUGUGCCCCCAACGGCCCCCGCCGUGGCAGCCAGCCUUGCCACUGCUGCCUUCGGUGAAUCCGGCAGCGCCGAUGGGAGUGGUGAUGAAGCGCUGAGUGGUGAUCUGGAGGCCAGUGGGGCAGGCUCAGGGGGACUUGAGCCCCCUGAGGGGGUCAGUGCCGUGACCCCUGGGCCGCCCAUGGAGAGGGCUUCCUGCUACAACUCGCCUUUGGGCUGCUGCUCAGAUGGCAAGACGCCCUCACUGGACACAGAGGGCUCCAACUGUCCUGCCACCAAGGCGUUCCAGGGUGUGCUGGAGCUCGAGGGCGUUGAGGGGCAGGAGCUGUUCUACACACCGGAGAUGGCUGACCCCAAGUCAGAGCUGUUCGGGGAGACCGCCAGGAGCAUUGAGGGCGCACUGGACGAUCUCUUUCGGAACUCAGAGGUUAAGAAGGACUUCCGGAGCGUCCGCCUGCGGGACUUGGGGCCUGGCAGCGCUGUCCGAGCUAUUGUGGACGUGCACUUUGACCCCACCACGACCUUCAGGGCGCCCGACGUGGGCCAGGCCCUGCUGCAGCAGAUCCAGGCACCCAGGCGCCGGCCCCUGGGUGUGAGGCGGCCACUGCGGGACCACGUGCGCUUCGUAGACUUAGACUGGCUUCCUGCCUUCACACGAGCCACCACAGGAGCCACCCCUGCUACAGCCACGACCAGAGCCACCACUGUGGCCCGUCGGCCUUCUUCCGCCGUGACCCCUCGGGCCCUCUUCCCGAGUCACACUAGCCGGCCUGUGGGCAGGAGCACAGCCCCCCUGACCACACACCGCCCCCACCCCACGGCCCCGAGUCGUGUGCCUGGACGCAGGCCCCCGCCCCCAGGCACUCAGCAGCCCCCAAAGCCCUGUGACUCACAGCCCUGCCUCCAUGGGGGGACCUGCCAGGGCCAGGACUACGGAGAAGACUUCACCUGCAGCUGCCCAGUGGGCAGGGGAGGCGCCGUCUGCGAGAAGGCACUACACUCCUCCGUGCCAGCCUUUGGGGGCCGCUCCUUCUUGGCCUUCCCCACGCUCCGCGCCUACCACACGCUGCGCCUGGCCCUUGAGUUCCGUGCGCUGGAGCCACAGGGGCUGCUGCUGUACAACGGGAAUGCCCGCGGCAAGGACUUCCUGGCCCUGGUGCUGCUGGGGGGCCGUGUGCAGCUCAGGUUCGACACAGGCUCGGGGCCCGCUGUGCUGACCAGCUCCGUGCCCGUGGAGCCCGGUCAGUGGCACCGCCUGGAGCUGUCUCGGCACUGGCGCCAGGGCACGCUGUCAGUGGACGGCGAGACCCCCGUCCUCGGCCAGAGCCCCAGUGGCACUGAUGGCCUCAAUCUGGACACGGACCUCUUUGUGGGUGGCGUCCCAGACGACCAGGCCUCUGUGGUGCGUGAGCGGACCUCCGUGAGCGUCGGCCUCAGGGGCUGCAUCCGUGUGCUGGACAUCAACAACCAGAGGCUGGACCUCAGUGGCUGGCAGACCACUACGGCCCAGAGCUCUGGAGUGGGCGAGUGUGGGGACCACCCCUGCCUGCCCAGUCCCUGCCUUGGUGGGGCUCCAUGCCAGGCCCUGGAGGCCGGCAGGUUCCACUGUCAGUGCCCACCUGGCCGCUUCGGCCCAACCUGUGCUGAGGAGCAGAACCCCUGCCAGCCCAACCCCUGCCUUGGGGCAGCCCUGUGCUACGUGCUGCCUGAGGGCGAGGCCAAGUGCGAGUGCCCCAUGGGACGCGGGGGUCCCCUCUGCCAGACAGUCUCAGAGUGGGAUGAUCCACGGCCCUUCUUGGCCGACUUCAGUGGGUCCUCGUACCUGGAGCUGAAAGGCCUGCACACCUUGGAGCAGGACACGGGAGACAGGCUGGCACUGGAGCUGGUGUUCCUGGCGCGCAGCCCCAGUGGCUUGCUCCUCUACAACGGGCAGAAGACGGACGGCAGGGGGGACUUCGUGUCACUGGCGCUGCGCGACCACUUCCUGGAGUUCCGCUAUGACCUGGGCAAGGGGGUGGCAGUCAUCAGGAGCAAGGAGCCAGUGCCCCUGGGCACCUGGACCAGGGUCUCCCUGGAGCGGACCGGCCGCAAGGGCGCCAUGCGUGUGGGCACCGGGCCGCGUGUGCUUGGGGAGUCCCCGCACCUCCCCCAGGGGCCGCACACCGUCCUCAACCUGAAGGAGCCGCUCUUUCUCGGGGGGGCCCCUGACUUCAGCAAACUGGCCCGGGCAGCCUCAGUGCCCUCCGGUUUCAAUGGCGCCAUCCAGCUGGUUGCCCUGAAAGGCCACCAGCUGCUGACGCCAGAGCACCUGGUGCGGGCGGUGGAUGUCUCGUCCUUUGCAGAUCACCCUUGUACCCAGGCCUCGGGCCACCCCUGCCUCCACGGGGCCUCCUGUGUCCCUCAGGAGGCCACCUACGAGUGCCUGUGUCCUGGGGGCUUCUCAGGACCACACUGUGAAAGGGGGCUGAUUGAAAAGUCGGCAGGGGACCUCGACACACUGGCCUUUGAUGGACGGACCUACAUCGAGUACCUCAACGCCGUGACCGAGAGCGAGCUGACCAAUGAGAUCCCAGCCCCAGAAGCUCCAGAUUCCGGGGCCCCCCUCAGCGAGAAGGCGCUGCAGAGUGACCGCUUUGAGCUGAGCCUGCGCACAGAGGCCACACAGGGGCUGGUGCUGUGGAGCGGCAAGGCCGCGGAGCGGGCCGACUAUGUGGCUCUGGCCAUUGUGGAUGGGCGCCUGCAGCUGACCUACGACCUAGGCUCCCAGCCUGUGGUGCUGCGUUCCACGGUUCCAGUUAAUACUAACCGCUGGUUGCGGGUCAGGGCACACAGGGAACAGAGGGAAGGUUCUCUUCAGGUGGGCAAUGAGGCCCCUGUGACUGGCUCCUCUCCACUGGGCGCCACGCAGCUGGACACAGAUGGAACCCUGUGGCUGGGUGGCCUAGAGAAGCUGCCCAUCAGUCAGGCCCUGCCCAAGGCUUAUGGCACAGGCUUUGUGGGCUGCCUGCGGGACGUGGUGGUGGGUCGGCGCCCGCUGCACCUGCUGGAAGAUGCUGUUACUAUGCCAGAGCUUCGGCCCUGUCCUGCCCCUUGAGCACACUGCAGUCUGCCACCCACCCUGCUGUAAUUAUUUUCUAUUUUUGUAAACUUGUUGCUUUUUUGAUAUGAUUUUCUUGGCUAUGUGUUGGCCAGAAAGACUGCUGGCCUGGCCUCCCUCCUAUCUAGGCAGGUGAGCUGCAGAGAUAGACUUGGUGCAGAGACUCAGGGGUGAUAUGGCAGCAUGGAGGGCUUGGCCAGCAAAAUGCACCUCCGCCUCUGGCCACCGUGUCCUUGCCCCUCGUUCUGUGCCCCUCCCCCAUGUGUCUGCCUGUACUGGGCUGUUGUGUUUUCUGGCCUGUCAGCAGACACUCCCCACACACACUUCACCCAUAUUCCAUCUGGCAAGGCCAGUGUCCCCAGAGCAGGAAAGCACUCCUGGGGUGGGGGGGUGCCCUGCUUCCAUGCAAGCCCCUGGGCCUUUCCAGGUUCCCACUCGAGCUGCUUGCCCUCCCUGUGUGGGCUGUGGGCUGCAGCUAGCCUCCCAGACUAGGCUCCGGCCCAGGCUGGCCGCUCCCAGUCCUCAUGGGCCAAUACUGUGACUUAGAAGCAAUGUUACUGUUGGGGCCCCACCAUGCCCCUCCCUCUGUUGUGUCCACCAGUCCCAGGUGCUGAAAAAUUGAGGCCAGGCCCAGGCCUGUUUGGGGCACCCUGACCCUCAGCUGGCUCGGCCUGUUUACCCAGCAGCCCUGGGCAUGGCUGCAUACCCUCCCUGACCCACCAGACUCCGUGAGGAGCCCCAGGAGGGAGCGGGGCCGCCAUGUGAUGCAGUUGCCAUUGCCUGCUACCUGGGCAGCCAGGUCUGCCUCUUGAGAACAGAUGUCCAGGCCUGACCACCAACCACAGAGUCUUUAUGCAUUGACUGUGACACCUGCAGCGGUGGGCUGUCGUCUUUCCUGUCCUGGCCACAUGGCAAACCCUCUCCAGCUCUGGCGCGAGGGGUGCUUGUCCUUACUGAAGGUGACUGGAGGCCGGCCAGGCGUCUGACCAAGGCCAGGGGAUGGGCGCAGGGGCGGCAGAGUUGGCUGUAAAGCCUUAAACUGCAACGUCACAUUCAUCACAUCCUGUCCCCUGACCCUGCCCUUGUCCUGCAGGGGUGGGGCAGUGGCAGCCCCAUUCCUCCUGCAGACAGGGCUGGGCCAUUAGACACAGAGGCUGGGGGGAGCCCCAUGUGUCAUGUUACUAACUCCAGUCUGUGUCUGUCAGUCACCGUGAAAUAAAGUCUGAACACUUAAAA